CCUUAUUACAAAAUAAUAUUAAUCUCAUUAAUUAGAUUUUACAUCAAAAAAUUAGAAAGUUAAAUAUUAAAAUAUAAUGAGAAUGGAAAUAAAAAUGAAAAGUAAUUUUGUGUUGGUGGUUUUGGGUAUGUUCUUAAGCUUCUACUCAGUCGCACAUGCAGAUUCUGGAACUGCCACUUACUACACACCUCCUUAUGUUCCUUCUUCAUGCUAUGGAUAUACAGACGAAGGUGUAAUGAUCGCAGCAGCAAGCGAUGUGAUUUGGAACAACAGAGAAGCAUGUGGGAAGCAAUAUAGGAUUGAAUGCACUGGACCCACAAAUGAUGGUGUCACUCAACCAUGCACUGGCCAAAGUGUUGUGGUUAAGAUUGUUGAUUACUGUCCUUCUGGCUGUGCUGCAACCAUUGAUCUUUCUCAAGAGGCUUUCUCUGUUAUUGCCAAUACUGAUGCUGGAAAAAUCCAAAUUACCUAUACUCAGGUUUGAUGAUUCAUACGAACGUACUGAGAAUAAGCAUGAUAUAUAUAUAGUACAGAUUAUAUAAUUAUAUGUAUACGUUGAUCUCAAGUGUUAGUGUGUUACUACACUUUAGUGUUUAAAUAAAAAAAAUAUGGCAUGCAUUAUAUAAAUAUAUAUAUAUAUAUUUAUAUAUAUAACAUGCAUGAACUAAUAAGUUUGUGUACUAUUUGAAUGAAAGUAAAUAAUAUUAAGUAAAUUAAACAAAAAAGUUUUCUUU